AGUGUUCUGGGAUUUAAAAGCUGUCUAAAAACAAUAUUCAUCUGCUUUUCUUUUUUCAUAGAUUACGAUGUCGAUUUUCUGGAUAAUUCUCUUGGUGUCAAUUUCUGGCACCAAGCAUGCUGAGGAGGAGUGCGAGAGCGACCUGGUGGAGCGAAUGCCCGCCCUGGAAGGUCCGUUUUCAGCUCUCCAUACCCUGCAGCUGACAAACACCUCAUUUGUCAACUGCAUAAACGAUCCACCAGGACCUGCCAAGUUGGGCAUGGAAAAUGUGAAAAAAAGGCCAGAAAGAAAACCUGAUUCAACUGGAAGCGGUAGUUCCAAAAUGGUUGCAAGGGACCUGAAAUUCCUCGACUCCUUGAAGACUUCUGACAAAGAGAAUUUCCUCCCAGCUGUAAUGAAGAGAAGUAGAGAGAAGUUGUGGACUUUCAGCCAGGUGGACUUUCAGCCAGCUUUCAUAGAGCCAGCUGUAUCAUCUGCCUGCAAAGGCUUGUGCCAAGGAGUUGGAUCCAUGGAAGCGUACGACCGGGUGGCAAAGGUGGUGGCCCCAAAACAUCAAGAACUCAGGAAAGAGGAAGGGCUGCUCACUCUACUGAUGCAAAAGCUCAAUACAGACAGAGACGAACUAAAGAAAGUAAUUGACCGCCUCCGGGACCUGAACAAUGAACUGGAAUCACUUAAUAACCGGAAGAAAGAGCUUGAAAACAACAUUGAGGAAGGCUCUCAGAAGCUGGAAAGGGCUGAAAAGAUGAGCUUGGGAGGAAAGGAGGAUUGGGGCACGGAAGCAGCAAGCUAUAAUCUUUCCAUUAUCGAGGUGUCUGACUCCACUUACGUAAGGACUUUGGAGAAUGCCAUCCAGUUUGGAACCCUAGUCUUGCUUGAAAAUAUCGGCGAGGAAGAGUUGGGUGCCCUCUCAGAGCCAGUGCUGCUAAUGGCAACUUUCAAACAGGAGGGUGUAGAGUACAGGAGACUGAGAGAGAACGUUAUUGAGUACUCAAGCAAUUUCAAGUUUUUACUCAAUGGAUUUCUCGUGGAAUACUACUUGGAGGAGUCUGACCAUGUCACCAAGGAGCCCCUGUCUCUGCUUAUGUUGAAACAGGUAGAUUUUAUGGAAAUUUGUAUCUGCUUUCAUUAUCUGCCAUAUCUGUUGCAAGCUCAGUAUUAUGAACAGAGACUGAGAGAGAACGUUAUUGAGUACUCAAGCAAUGUCAAGUUUUUACUCAAUGGAUUUCAAGUGGAAUACUACUUGGAGGAGUCUGACCACGUCACCAAGGAGCCCAUGUCUCUGGUUAUGUUGAAACAGGUAGAUUUUAUGGAAAUUUGUAUCUGUUUUCAUUAUCUACUGUAUCCGUUGCAAGAUCAGUAUUAUGAACAGAGACUGAGAGAGAAUGUUCUUGAGUACUCAAGCAAUUUCAAGUUUUUACUCAAUGGAUUUCAAGUGGAAUACUACUUGGAGGAGUUUGAUCAGGUCACCAAGGCGCCCCUGACAGCUCUUCAGCCAACCUGGAUUCAGACCUCCGCAGAAACGGAGAAAAUGGUGGUUCUCUUAGAAAAAGUAACCACUGAGGUUUCUGAUGCCAAGGAACAGCUAGUGGGUGCAGAUGAAAAGGAAGCCAAUGAAGCGGCCGCCAUUGCCCAGGGUAUUCAGGAGGAGUGCGAGGGAGACCUUGCCGAGGCAAUGCCAGCCCUGGACUCUCCCCUUCUGGCUCUCCACACCCUGAACCUGGCAAAUAUCUCCUUUUUCAAACCCAUGCCGGAUCCGAAUGGACCUGUCACGCUGGCCAUGGAGAGCGUGAAAGAAGGGGUCAGGGCCGUUGAAGAGCACGACCGUGCCGCAAAUGUGGUGGCACCCAAACAUGAACAACUGAGAGAAGCUGAAGGGUUGCUCCCUCUGCGAAUGAAUGAAACUACACAUUCUGGGGAAGAAUAACUCAGACCUCUUACAAUGAUGUUUCCACAAAUACCACACAAGAAACGAUUCAGCCUUAACAGAGAUCAAAGAACAGGACUCUGCAUUUCUGCCUUGUAGAAUUCUCUGAAGUAAUAAAGGAGCACCAUAAGUUGUGCUUUCAAGGCAUCUGGAAGAAAAAGGUUUCUUACUUGGGGCAGACUCUGUUGACACAAGUGCCCCCUUCUUUCUUUUUACGUCACCCCCCCCCCCAAUCUUCUCUUAGCAGAGGGCGGACGAGAUGUAAAGUCGACGCCUGCCAAUUUUUAAUUUUAAAACCAUUCUGGGGUGUAAAACUGUGUGAUUGUUCUUGCUUAGGCGAUCCUGAAGAAAAGAGCUUCUGGUUUUAUUACUGGUCACGAGUGUGGGGUGAAAAAGAAAGACAGGCGGGUGUGCGGGGGGGGGGGAAUGACAGCAGUGGCCACAAACAUUUUAAUCUCCUACCACGCUUAAAUGCAAAGCCUGCAAGACCAGAAGCGUUUGUGGCUUGGUUUGGCGAUUUUGUUGCUUUAAUGCAAAGAUCCAAUUUAGCAGUUUCAAGUUCAGGGCCAAGGUCAAAUAUACAGGUUAGUAUAUAAAGCCUUUAACAGCUUGUCCCUAGUUUACUUGUGAGAUUUCCUUAUCCUAUAUAUGCCCAUGCAAGUGCUUGGAUCUGUGGAACUGGCACUGUUACAAGUGCCACAUAAUACUUGAUCCGCAUUUGUAAGAAAUAGAUAUUUUCAGAUGGAACUCCCAAGCAGGUACCUUCACUCUACACUUUUUGGAGCCUGCUAAAAACAUCCAUAAAUGUAGAAUCUUGACAUACAUUUUAAUUUCCUCCCUGCCCAUUGUUGAUCUUAUUUAUUUUUCGAUGUUUUCAAUAGUUGUUUCCUUUUUUUAGAUGAUUUUAUGGUUUUACUCUUUUUGUAAACUGCUUUGAGGUUUUCUUGCAAUCAAGUGGUGUAUAGAUCUUGUGAAAUAAAUAAAAAUAAAAAUACACCCAGAUUUAGGCAAGCCCUAUCAGGGCCAUGGACAGGUCCUGUAACCUCCAGUGGCUGCAGUUUUCUCUUGAUUGUGGUUAAUGGGUGGAUGUUGUCUCAGCAAAGAGGUUGAGGUUGGCAAACCCUGCCCUGCAAUUAGCCCUGCCUUUGCGGAGGAGCUGGCUGUGUUCUUUAAAGGGCUGUUGUCCACUUCCAUAACUGCUAACAUCUACAAGGCUGAAAGAUGAAAUGCUACUGGGGACUCACCCUAAGGGUUUGAGUCACAAACCCCACCUGAGCCCACUCACAAA